AUGCCCUGCGGGAGACCCGUAAGUAUGAUGUGACGGAUCGGGUGGCCCUGCAGAGCAGCCCCGGCGCCCUCGAACAUUUCCACAUGAAACUCUUCCGGGCUCAGCGCAACCUCUACCUGGCUGGCUUUGCCCUCCUGCUCUCCUUCCUCCUGCGCCGCCUGGUCACCCUCAUCUCGCAGCAGGCCGUGCUGGGCGCCUCCAGUGAGGCUUUUCGGAAACAGGCGGAAGGCGCCAGCCAAGCCGCCCGCCGCUAUAUGGAGGACAACGAUGCCCUGCGAAAGCAGCUGCAGGAGGCAGGGGGUGACAGUGGCAGCCCCCCCCCCUCCCAGGAUGAGAAUGAGACGCUCAAGGCCAAGGUGGAAAAGCUGAAGGAGGAGCUGGCAGCCAGCAAGCGCACAGGCGCCUGCGCGGGCUAG